AUGAGCAGAGCUUGCCCACUGCACAGAACACAGCAGGAGGCCGUGUACUUCCAGAGCCUUCCUGAAGGUGGCGCUCCGGUCCUGAGCCUGCGGGAGGAGGCGUCCUGUGUCCUGGAUGUGGACCUGUCCUCUUUACUUUCUGACAACCUCGCCACACGCCACCUGGAGCUGGGAAAGCUGCAGUCGCUGACGGCGCUCAACAUGAGCCGCGUGGAGCGAGAGGUGUCGGAGACGGAGCAGCUCAAAUGUGAUGUCACCGAACAUCUGGAGGAACGGAAAACCUAUGCAGAAUUCAUCAGCAAGUGUGUGAAGUUUAAAGGAGACUCUCUGCACUUUGAGCGAGAAGACGUUAACGCAGAGCUGAAGAAUGAGCAACAUCUGACCAAUGACAUCAUCCACACGCUGAAAAACCACCUCCGUCUUCUUCAUGGACAAUCUAGCUCAUUAGAAAACCUCCAUCGGCAACUUCUGGCUGAUUAUCAACAGAUAUCCCAAGCCAUUAUGCUAACGGCUAACUGUAUGACACAUAGUAAUGUGCUACAGAGUCCACAGAGUCCGCAGAGUCCGCAGGGUCCACAGAGUCCUCAGGGUCCUCAGGGUCCACAGAGUCCGCAGGGUCCACAGAGCGGUCCCAGACGGUCCCACAUCAGCUACGACACCUGGACCUCAGACUGUAACGCGCUGCAGAGAGCCAGUGACACAGAGCUGCAGACGGCCACAGCUCUGCGGGGGAAGGUCCGACUCUCCUUAAAGAACAUGAGAGACGCCUCUGAGAGGCAGCGGGCCACGACCAGCAGAGCCAUGAGGAAGACACUUCACCGAAUCCACAAAGCCCAGGAGCAGAGGAGCUGGAGGCUGAUGGACGACGUGAUCCAAGUCUUACAAAGACUGUCUGCACAGAUCGACAACUGUGAGGCCAGAUCUCUGGAAAACACAAACAACUUAGAGGAGCCGCAGAAGGAGCUGUGUCUGGACCAGGCGCACACCUGCCUCACGCUGAUCGCGCUGGUACUGGGCCGAAUGAUGAAAGUGCAAGGCAAGAUGGACGCCAUGAGAGUGUAUCUGCAGAGGGAGGUGGAGAAGAGAAAGUGGCUCCAGACCGAGCUCAUGUGUCUGGACCAGAACAUUCUGCCUCUGCACAUGGCGGCGAUCGGACCCAUCGACCACGGGACAGGAGCCACCGACUUCCUGGAACAACACGACCACGAAUGA